CUUGUAGUUUAUACAUCGAUUUAUAUAGUCAGUUGUAUUUCCGCUGAUAUAUAAUUGAUUAAAACUUAACAUUAAGAAGCAUCCUUCUUUCAAGUGAAGUCAGUGGAUAGAUUGCUAAAGACCAAAUUAUCUGAAAUCAGAUAGGACAAAUCAAGAUGGGGAACAUGUGUAUUCUGUUCUUGAUGAUUGCAUCUGCUUGCGCAGUGAGCUGGCCAAGUGGAAGUUACUCGCUUCCAAAAUCGCAAUCAGGAUGCCCGCUCGGAUGGGCAGAAGGAUGUAGAUAUCAGGAUAAUGAAGACACACAUAAUGUGAACGAUGUCAGAUACAACCAUCACUUCAAUGGUAUUUUUGGCAGAAACACGAAACUGUGUUAUUGUACAAAAACAACACACAGUGGAUCAGGAUCCUGGCCACGUGGAAAUUAUUGUAUUGCCAGAAAAAGUGAUGCCUGUCCUUCAGGAUUUAGCACUGGCAGUAUAUACUGGGAUGACGAAGACCACGCCAAUGCAAAUUCAAAAAAUGGUGUUCUUCCAGAUGGAACCUUUGAUAGGAACACAAGAAUAUACUUCUGUUGCAGAUCUGAUGGCUCUGUCUACAGUAGAAUAAGAUUACCAACAAGUGAGCCCUUCUAUUUGUACCAGUACACAUCAUCAAUAUGCCAGCGUGUACGUGGAAUGAGUGUCCGUAAAGAAUUUGUGAAGACAGAUGACGAGGAUAGCCAUAACAACAGUGCCGAUAGUGGGAGACAUCCAAAGAAAACUGACACAACCAGAGUACACUUCUGUUAUUAUUCUUAGUGAUUUUACUCAUCCAAAGAAAACUGACACAACCAGAGUACACUUCUGUUAUUAUUUUUAGUGAUUUUACUCAUCUAAAGAAAACUGACACAACCAGAGUACACUUCUGUUAUUAUUCUUAGUGAUUUUACUCAUCUAAAGAAAACUGACACAACCAGAGUACACUUCUGUUAUUAUUCUUAGUGAUUUUACUCAUCUAAAGAAAACUGACACAACCAGAGUACACUACGGUUAUCAUUCUUAGUGAUUUUACUCAUCUAAAGAAAACUGACACAACCAGAGUACACUUCUGUUAUUAUUCUUAGUGAUUUUACUCAUCUAAAGAAAACUGACACAACCAGAGUACACUUCUGUUAUUAUUCUUAGUGAUUUUACUCAUCUAAAGAAAACUGACACAACCAGAGUACACUACGGUUAUUAUUCUUAGUGAUUUUACUCAUCUAAAGAAAACUGACACAACCAGAGUACACUUCUGUUAUUAUUCUUAGUGAUUUUACUCAUUUAAAGAAAACUGACACAACCAGAGUACACUUCUGUUAUUAUUCUUAGUGAUUUUACUAAUCUAAAGAAAACUGACACAACCAGAGUACACUACGGUUAUUAUUCUUAGUGAUUUUACUCAUCUAAAGAAAACUGACACAACCAGAGUACACUUCUGUUAUUAUUCUUAGUGAUUUUACUCAUCUAAAGAAAACUGACACAACCAGAGUACACUUCUGUUAUUAUUCUUAGUGAUUUUACUCAUCUAAAGAAAACUGACACAACCAGAGUACACUUCUGUUAUUAUUCUUAGUGAUUUUACUCAUCUAAAGAAAACUGACACAACCAGAGUACACUACGGUUAUUAUUCUUUCCUUUUCCACAUUUCCUUUUAGUAGUUUUAAAUCUUUACUCUCUUAACCACUUGUUUCUUACAGACUGAUCUCUUGUUAGACUUUGUACUUCUAUGCAAUAAAAGAAUCAAUAUCAUGUA